AAAGUGUUUCUGUUCUGUGCACCAAAGAUUUCAAUUCCACUUGACGGAGUUCUUCGUCAUUUCAAUGAUGUGGAUGAACUGGUGGCGAGAUUGAGGAGAUGGCGCGACGGAAUUCGUCGCGACAUAGAAUGGAGCAGAAGAUUCAUAGAUUGUCUGCGACAUGCACGCGGCGAUCUCCUCAACAAAACGCGCCAGGAGAACAGAGAAUUACGCAAAAUAAUUCUCAAUCUCGAGGCCCUGGAUGAGAUUGAAGGACUCAUUAGAGUAUGGCCAGAAUAA